AUGUCCUUCCAGAGCUUGGGCAAUGCAUCAGCCCUCAGAACUUUCAGAGUUCUCCGAACGUUGAAAACAGUUGCAGUCGUUCCAGGGCUGAAAACAAUAGUGGGUGCCUUGAUGGAAGCUGUGCGACGUCUGCGAGAUGUCAUGAUCCUCUCCUUAUUCGUCCUCUCCAUUUUUGCCCUCAUUGGACUUCAGUUGUACUCCGGUCUUCUCACGAGAAAGUGCAUCAAACUGUACAAGGAGUUGGGCAUCGCGAAUUCAACAAACGAAACGUUCAUCCAGCAGUAUGUUAACAAUGAGUCAAACUGGAUCAUGACGCCAGACGGUUCGAAGCCGCUCUUAUGUGGUGGAGGAGAAUGCCCAGCCAAUACGUCCUGCGUACAAACCGACACCAACCCAGAUCUCGGUUACACCAGUUUCGACAAUUUUGGCUGGGCGAUGCUGUGUGCAUUUCGACUCAUGACUCAAGAUUUUUGGGAAAAUCUUUAUCAACAAGUUAUAAGAGCUCACGGCAAAGGAAACAUGCUCUUCUUCAUUUUUGUCAUUUUCUUUGCUUCAUUCUACCUGGUUAACGUCAUCCUGGCCAUCGUUGCAAUGGCCUACGAUGACUGCCGCCGGCAGGAUCAGUUGGAUGCCGAAGAAGCUGAGGCUGAACAGGCUGAAUGGGAAGAUGCACAGGAAGAGUGUGAAGAAGAAGAAGAAGAUGGAGGAGAUGGAAAAGAUGGAGGACAGGAAGAUGUUGAUGAGGGUGUUGGCGAUCAUCACAGCCAGAAUGAUGAAAAUAAUCUCAAUUCCAGCCAAACCAACGUCACCAACAACUGCAAUAACACCAGUUACAAAAAAUUAACGCGACAGUUUUCCAGGUUCUUAAGCCUGCCUGAAACACCAACCACUUCUACAGUUGUACAGCCAACAUCGCUACUCAACUCACACUUGCGCUCCAGUCAGUUUAGUUGGCUGAAGGCUGACUUGAAAUCAAUUCCACCAUUGAAAUUUCCACGGUUCACACUUCAUCCCUGCCUCUUCAAUCUCGAUCUUCCAUUUGCUGAUGAUUCAACUGCUGUCACACCUUCGUCCGACUUGUUAGUGAAUUUACUGAACCAACUUGAAACUCAAUACAUUCAACAACAAGAAAGUUAUGGCUCUCCAAAAUCUCGUUUCAAUAGUGUUGUUAGGCAAAGAAAUAGUCCAUUAGUAAGGCAGAAAAAUGUUCAACCUGUCACUACUCCUAAACCGUCUGAGCCAACGCAUUUUCACUGGAAGAGAAACAUGAAGACACGAAAGAUCGAGGCUGAAACAGAAAGACGAACCAGUUUGAAACCGUGGGUGAAACAAAAAGAAAAUUAUUUCCUUGAUAAUCCUUUUGUCAUGCCCUCGCCGACGGCUUCCCUCGACAUGAAAGAUGUUAUUAUUUUGAAGAAUUUAUUAAAGUCAGCAUCAGGCAAGAAAAAGAAGAAAGGCUGUUAUGAUUUUUUGAGAAUGGAAAAAGAUGAAACGAAAACAGAAUACGCGAAGAGGAAGUUGUUGCAGGUGUUAUUCGAUUGGGAGUGCCACCCGCACUGGUAUAAAUUCGCUCACAUAAUCGAGUUGUUCAUCAUGGAUGCGUUCGUCGACCUCUUCAUAACACUGUGCAUCGUCGUCAACACAAUCUUCAUGGCCAUCGAGCACGACGAGAUGGGCUCCACACUUGAGAAUAUCCUCAAGUUUGGAAAUUAUAUUUUUACUGGAAUAUUCACGGUGGAAGCAGUGCUAAAAGUCCUCGCUCUCGGGUUGUACAGGUACUUGCAAGAUAAAUGGAGUUGUUUCGACUUCAUAAUUGUUAUCUUGAGUCUCGUUGAACUCGGCCUUCAAAAUUUCAAGGGGUUGUCUAUAUUGAGGUCCUUCAGACUGUUACGUGUGUUCAAAUUGGCGAAGUCCUGGCCAACGUUGAAUUUGUUGAUCGGCAUCAUUGGUCGAACCAUGGGAGCUCUGGGGAACCUUUGUUUUGUACUUGCUAUCAUCAUCUUCAUCUUUGCUGUUGUCGGAAUGCAACUUUUUGGACCUAAUUACAACGAAAAAUACUUUCCUGAGGUUGUGGUCAUGAGGUGGCACUUUAAAGAUUUUUUUCAUUCGUUCAUGAUAGUUUUUCGGAUAUUAUGUGGUGAAUGGAUUGAGAACAUGUGGAAUUGUAUACACUGCUCCGGCUACCACUGCAUCGUCUUCUUCAUUCUCACCAUGAUAAUCGGAAAUCUUGUGUUGCUGAAUUUGUUUCUUGCUCUCCUGCUGAGUUCUUUCGGAGCAGAGAGUCUGAAGAAAUCCCAGGAAGAUGAGGGCGUUAAUAAAUUGGUGGAGGCCAUUGAUAGGAUCGACAGAUUCUUCAAAAACAUCAACCGCAACCACAUGAAAACUAAUCUAGCAAACCAAUGUAACAAUAAAAACAAUUUCGUCGUUACUGUGUCUCCUGCCCCAUCCGAUUCGUCGUGUGAUUGUGAGGGCCUGCAAGAUGAUGCAGCCGACAAUGAUUACGGCGACUUAAACAAAAUGGUUUCAAUAUCAAAAUGGAAAUAUGCUGACCCUCCGAAAUAUCACUCCGAUGACAACCCCAACAACGACGAGUACGAUGACGCACGCCAUGAGGGAAGCAGCUAUCUUGCCAUUUCAACUCAGAGUCUCGAUAGGUCCGAUCAUUUAUCUCAGUCACAACUGUCACUUGAUUGCCAGCAAAAUUCUCAAACGCAUAAUCAGAAACAUCACCGUCAUCAUCAUCUAAACAGUUCUUCGCGUCAUCACGACAACGAAAUUUCUGGUAGUUUCAUGUCUUUAGAUCAAUAUUACACAAGCAAGGCUGAACAAAUGCCUAAAGAGUUAUAUGCCACGAGGAAUAGGGUUAUUUUUCAUGAUCUACCAGCAAAAGUAAAUGUAAUAUAUAUAAAAUAUCCGGACGACUGUUGCCCACAAAAAUGUGCUCCAAUUUGGAGAGGGCUUCACCAAUCUAUUCUCGGUCAAAUUUGGUGGAAGUGUCGUUGCUAUUCAUACUCUCUGGUGGAACAUACCUACUUUGAAACGUUCAUCAUCAUCAUGAUAUUGGCCAGCAGUCUGGCGCUAGCCGUCGAGGAUCGUAAUAUGGACAACAAAAGUUAUGACAAUGUCAAAUACAUUCUUAAAAUUUUGGACAAAUCAUUUACUGUGAUUUUUGUAUUUGAAAUGGCCUUAAAGAUGACUGCAUAUGGCUUCAAGAGAUACUUCACUGACGCAUGGUGCUGGCUUGACUUUAUCAUUGUCGCCAUAUCACUGGUAAGUUGGGGAGCGGAAGGAGCGGGAGCUGCCAACAUGGGAGCAUUUCGAGCUCUAAGAACCUUGAGAGCAUUGAGGCCCUUAAGAGCUGUGUCGAGAUGGGAAGGCAUGAAAGUGGUGGUCAAUGCUUUGAUACAAGCUAUCCCAUCCAUAUUGAAUGUGCUGCUUGUCUGUUUGGUGUUUUGGCUCAUAUUCAGCAUUAUGGGUGUUAACUUGUUUAUGGGUAAGUUUGGCAGAUGUGUGGAUGCCGAUGGGGUAAAAAUUGAAAUAGACACUCUCAACAAGUUUAACAUCAACAUAGGUCACAACAUGAGCUGGUUCAAUCCUAAAGUCAACUUUGACAAUGUUCUACUUGGUUAUUUGGCUCUCUUUCAAGUGGCGACAUUCAAGGGCUGGAUGGAUAUCAUGUAUGCUGCAAUCGACAGUAGAGAGUACGGACAGCAGCCAAAAUUUGAAGAGAAGCAUUUGAUGUAUUUGUACUUUGUAAUGUUCAUCGUGUUUGGUUCGUUCUUCACCAUGAAUCUCUUCAUCGGUGUCAUCAUUGAGCAGUUCAACAUGCAGAAGAAAAAGAUAACGGGAGGAUCGUUGGAAAUGUUGAUGACGGAAGACCAAAAAAAGUAUUAUAAUGCUAUGAAAAAAUUGGGAUCAAAGCAACCAACAAAACCUGUUCCAAAGCCACGAUUUGCUUUUCAAAUGUUUUUCUACAAACUGACUAAGAAUCAGAAGUUUGACAUAGCCAUUAUGUUUGUGAUUCUGUUGAACAUGAUGUCCAUGGCUGUGGAGCAUUAUAAACAACCUGAUAUCUUUUCCAGCGCUCUUCACCGCAUCAACACAGUCUUCAUAACAAUCUUUACACUCGAGUGCGUAAUGAAACUGUUAGGCUUCCGGUUAUACUAUUUUAAAGAACCCUGGAACAUAUUUGAUUUCGUGGUCGUUAUUGUCUCGCUUCUCGCCAUGUUUAUCCAGGAUAGUGUUCAAAAGAUUUCAUUGUCUCCCACUAUUCUUAGAGUUGUUCGAGUUUUCAGAGUUGGAAGAGUUCUUCGAUUGGUAAAAUCUGCUAAAGGUAUUCGAACACUGCUCUUUUCACUGGCCGUUUCAAUGCCAGCUCUCUUCAACAUCGCUCUAUUAUUAUUUCUCAUAAUGUUCAUAUAUGCCAUUGUGGGAAUGUCUUGCUUCAUGUAUGUCAAGCAUACUGCUGGAAUAGAUGAUAUGUUUAAUUUUGAGACAUUUGCCAACAGUAUGAUAAUACUUUUCCAAACGUGCACGUCUGCUGGGUGGGAUGGUAUUUUGGCAGGUCUUAUGAAUGACUCUCCACCGGAUUGUUCUAACAAACCUACAGAAUUUACUCCAAAUGGAGAUUGUGGUAAUAGUGCUCUAGGAAUCGGAUAUUUAUGUAGUUAUCUCGUCAUUACAUAUUUGGUUGUCAUAAACAUGUAUAUAGCGGUAAUUCUGGAAAAUUUUUCUCAGGCAACUGAAGAUGUGCAGCAAGGUUUGACGCAAGAUGACUUCGAUAUGUAUUAUGAACUAUGGGAAAAGUAUGAUGAAAAAGCUACCCAAUACAUACCGUUAUCUCAACUAAGUGAGUUUGUUGAUGCUUUGGAAGAUCCUCUAAGAAUUCCGAAUCCGAAUUUCUACAAACUCGUUCAGAUGGACAUCCCUAUUUGUGAAGGAGAUACAGUUAAUUGCGUUGAUAUUUUAGAUGCACUGACAAAAAAUUUUCUUGGUACCAAAGAUGAUGCGGCUGAAGGACUAGGUGAUCUGAAAGGCCCUGGUCGCAUCAAUUAUCAUCCAAUCGGUUCGACGCUGAAGCGACAAAGAGAAAUUUUCACUGUAAAAAUUAUCCAAAGAACAUGGAGAAACUUUGUUAAAAGAAAAAAAGAACUUUCGUCAAAUGUAAAUAGAACUAGUGAGAUUGACAGUAUGCAUGAUAAUGUUAUCAGAGAUAAUGACGAAGACAAUUCUGAAAAAGAUAAUAACUUCGACAAUAAUGAUGACCAGAAAAAUGAGGUUAGAGACCACGAUACAAAAAACGAUAUUAACACUUUUGAUGUAGGAGAUUUUUUAUCGCAGUCAUCAAAUGAAAGUCACGAUAAAUACAAAACAAAGCUAACCAGAGCAACCGUCGAAUGUGACGUGGAAGUACAUUGUGACGAAAACUUUGUUAAAUCAUCCGCUAUUAGAAGAAGCAAAGAGAGCUUAUAA